AUGGACUCAAACCCAGAGCUCAUCCAGCCAGAGGACUGGCUUAGUCCCGGCGCCAGCGGCCAUUCCAUCCCAGCCAUCCUCAUGCACGAUGGCGGCGGCACAACCUUUGCCUACCACUGCCUAAACUCACUAUCCCGACCCGUGUACGGCAUCCACAACCCCAACUUUCGCAGCGGAGAGCCCUUUGAGGGUGGCCUCUCUGACCUGGCUCGUCUGUACUGCGGUUUCGUCAAGGAAGCCGUCAAGAGCCCCGAGUUUCCCAAGCGACGUAACGCAGAGGGAAAAGUAAAAGUCAUCCUUGGUGGGUGGAGCUUUGGAGGACACUUGAGUCUUGAGAUGGCGAAGCAGCUUGAGCAAGACGGCAGCGGAGUCCAAGUCAUUGGGAUCCUCAUGGUUGACACUAUCUUCCCCGUCGCGCGGUCCAAGGCCGCCAAGAUCACCAAAGAUGAUUCCAAGGAAGAGGGCAAGUCAAAGAACCAGAUCUUGGCCGACCGCGCCAUGGCCGAUGCCCGGCGGAUGAUCACCGACUGGACCCCUCCCGUCUGGGAGGCCGGACAGCGGCCACGCAUCAUGCUGGUCCGGGCUAAGGAGACGGUGCCGAUGGACGGAGAUGGGGUCAGCCUCGUGGAUCUGAGCCGUGAGGAGCGGAACCUCGGGUGGGACGCCUACGAGAAGGACAUGUUUGCGGAUAUUAUUGAUGUGGAGGGACAUCACUUUAACCUGUUUUCUUUUGAGAACAUUGAAGGGAUUACAAAGGCAAUGAAGGAGGGCUUGGUUAAGCUAGAACUGGCUGCUUUGGGAGCGUGA